CUACUCGUGGACCGUGGUGCCAUAAAGCAUGUCAUAACAAAGUGGUGGUGUUAUGUGUUUUUACGAAAGCUUAAGUAAAUCGAUGUUCAUAACCUGAUGAACGAAUCCUUUAAUGUUUGCUUUAUCGAAAUAGUAAAUUAAAAAUGGCAGAAGAAAACAGGCGCAGCCAAAUAUUUACCGGUGCGCGAGUGUUAGGUUAUGUCAGUACACACGUACCAUUUGUAUCUAGAUUUAUAAAGAGACGAGGUGAAACUUUGUUAUGCACUAGUGUAGGAAAGUGGUUUCAUACAUACGGAUGCGAUAAAUUCCGUUUGCUAAGUGUUAGUGGGGAACAUCCUGGUCCCAUAACAUGUAUGAGUGGGGACAGCUUUCACGUGUACACAGCUAGUGAUAAUGAUAUCUACGCAUGGAGACGAGGCUGCGAACUUAAACAUGUAUAUAAAGGACACCAAGCGCCUGUACAUAAGAUCCUACCUUUCGGUAUACACAUAAUAUCCAUUGACGAAGAUAAUGUUCUAAAAAUAUUCGAUAUUAAAGAUGAAUCCGAGUUUCUAGACCUCCGAUUUGAUCUAAAACAUUUUCAAAUUACAACAAUGUGUCAUCCACCUACUUACCUUAAUAAGAUAUUACUUGGUAGCAAACAGGGCCAACUUCAGCUAUGGAACAUAAGAACUUCUAAAUUAGUAUUUACAUUUGAUGGAUGGAAGUCUAGGGUUAAUGUAACUGAGCCGGCUCCUGCAGUAGAUGUGGUGGCAAUUGCUCUGGCUAAUGGGAAAAUUAUUCUACAUAAUAUCCGCUAUAAUCAGGUUGUUAUGGAAUUCAUACAUGACUGGGGUAUGGUAACUAGCUUAACAUUCAGAAUGGACGGAGUACCCAUAAUGAUAACUGGUAGUGCAAAGGGAAACUUGGUUAUGUGGGAUUUGGAAGAGAAAAAAGUGAAGUCGCAGAUACAGUCAGCACACUUUUCUAGUAUUGCUGGAUUACAAUGUUUAAUGUCAGAGCCAUUGAUGGUAACUAACUCUCAAGAUAAUUCUCUGAAGAUGUGGAUAUUUGACAUGCCUGAUGGUGGAGCGAGGUUGCUGAAAAAAAGAGAAGGUCAUGCAUUACCUCCAAACCUGGUGCGGUAUUGUGAGCCAACUGGUGAAAACAUUCUAGCUGCAGGCAGAGAUAGCAGUCUUCAUAUCAUGAAUACAGUCACUGAAACAUUCAACAAGAGUAUGGGACGAGCGUCUAAAAAUAGGAAAGCUUCAAAGAAAAAAAAAAGAAAUCAAGUAGACAGUUUAAUCCUACCAUCGAUAACUAAAUUAAGUUCCUGCAUGCAAAGGGAUAAGCAAUGGGACAGCAUUGCCUCACUACACGAGAAUAAGUACCUCACCAGUACAUGGUCUUACAACAAAAUCUGUAUGGGAAAGCAUAUACUGAAACCCCCAGAAAUGGAAAAGGGUGUACUAGCAACUUGUUUAACAGUCACACAUUGCGGAAAUUUUGUUGUCAUAGGUUACAGCAAUGGUCAGGUUCACAAAUUCAACAUGCAGUCUGGUAUAUACAGGGGUCACUAUGGCAAAGAAAAUAGGAAGGCUCACAAAGGAGCUUUGAGAGGAGUGGAGACAGAUUUGUGCAAUCAGAGGGUGAUCACAGUUGGGGCGGACGAUAAACUCAAAUUUUGGCAUUUUAAAGAUGCUACAUCGCCUUAUCACGUGUUAAGAUUAGACGAAUCCGUGAAUAUGACGAAAUGUCAUAGAGACAGCGGCUUACUGGCAUUGGCGAAUGAGGACUUUUCAAUUACCCUUGUAGAUAUUGACACUAUGAACGUGGUGCGAAAAUUUGAAGGCCACAUAGGGAAGAUAAAUGAUAUUGAUUUUGAUUGUCAGAGUCGAUGGCUAGUUACUUCAUCAAUGGACUGCACUAUAUGCACAUGGGAUAUACCGAGUGGGCAACUUGUUGAUAUAUUCUCGGUAGAGCAGCCGUGCACAUCGCUCAGUAUGUCCCCUACUGGAGACUUCUUAGCGAGUACCCACGUGGGAGAGCUGGGCGUAUUCCUCUGGGCCAACAAGCUGUUAUACGAUAAAGUCUUCCUUAGACCUAUCGAUAGGAAAUCUAUUGAUAUUCCUCGAUUGAAUCUACCAACCACCGCCGCUGAAAAACCAGAUAUCGAAGACAUAGGUGUUUUAGAGUUAUACGAAGAACCGGAAUACAAAUCUCCGGAACAAAUUAGUGAAGAACUACUCACUUUAUCCGGCCAAUCCACUUCAAGAUGGCUGAAUUUACUCAAUUUGGACAUUGUUAAAAAGCGCAAUAAACCGAAAACAUCUCUAACGGUGCCCAAAUCAGCUCCUUUCUUCUUACCCACAAUUCCCAGUCUCGAACUGGAGUUCGAUUUAGAGAAAGACAAACUUAGCUCAGAUAAGAAGCUUCUGAUCCCGGAGUCUUUAUCGACAUUAACUCCAUUCGCAAAGAAACUGAACGGUUGCGAAAAAUCCGCGGACUAUAAAGAAUGUUUGGAGAAGUUAAAAACUUUGUCGCCAUCUUCAAUCGAAGCAGAGGUCACCAGUAUGGCCCCAGAUGUUGGAGGUUCAAUAGACGUUAUGAAACACUAUCUAAGAAUGAUCGACGUAUUAUUAAAAUCGAAUAAAGAUUUCGAAUUAGCUCAAUCUUAUUUGAGUUUGUAUUUAAAAGUGCACACGAAAACGAUUUCGGAAAACGAAGAUUUGCGUAAAACACUCGAAUCUGUUGAGGAAUCGGCGUCACAGGCGUGGUCUAAAUUGCAGAGCCAUCUGUUGUAUAAUAUAUGCGUUGUUAAAGCAUUAAAAGAUAUGUGAAUACCCUCAA